AUGCAUUUUGGUGGAGACGAGGUGUCAUAUGAUAUGCAACAGUGCUGGCUGUUUUCUAUAAUCGACAAUGCCCGUAAAGGCACUUCAAAGGUCGUUUGGCAGGAAGUAUUGGAUAUGGACGUGCCGGCUAAUAAUUCUAUAGCUCAUGUAUGGAAGGGCGAUAACAUAAACGACAUCAUGAACGAGAUGGCUGCCGUGACUGCUAAUGGACAUAAAGCGAUCCUCUCUAGCUGUUGGUUCGUUUAA